AUGGAGGCUUACGAAAGUUUACAGGCGAAUACUCCGAAUGACGUUGAGAUGACUGCUCAGCAAAGUGACAGUGAAGACGAAUACGAAGAGUUCGAGGAACAUAUUUUAGUCGAGUUUGACGGUGCACUUAACCGACAGUUUCUGAGAGACGAAAAUUCAUCUUUAGUGAUAACUCAGCUGCUCCAUAAGCCAUUCAUGUCUGUGGGGCCAUUGGCUUUUCAAGGAAAUUAUGAACAAAUGGCACACACUGCGAUGAUUUACACGAAUCCGGAGCAGUCCAAAGAAAAAGAAAGUAGUGACGAUAAGUCGCCUUCGAUUCCCUGUGAAUUUGUAGCCUCAUGCACAAAGAAAUUAGCUAUGAAGAGAGUUUUGCUUACCCCGAAAGAUCAAACUGAUGAUUCUGUUAAUGUGGAACCUGAAGGUAUUGCCAAUUAA